AUGAUAAAAUUAUCAACAUUAUCUGAAUCAAAUAAAACCCAAGAUGAGCUAGUUAAAAAGAUUGAUGAACUUCAAAUAAAAAAUGAUAAUCUAUCAUCAUUUAUCACUAAAAUGGAUAGUACUUAUUCGCCCACAUAA